CUCCGUCAGGCACAGUGUGCUAAUCGAGCGCAUGCGUGGUUGCUGUGGUGACGCUUCUGUAAACUGCGGCAGAGACGAAGCAUCGGUCAGAGUCCGGAGAAGAUCCCGAGAAGAUCCGGAGAAGAUCAAGAGAAGAUCCGGAGAAGAUCAAGAGAAGAUCCGGAGAAGAUCCCGAGAAGAUCCGGAGAAGAUCCCGAGAAGAUCAAGAGAAGGUCCCGAGAAGAUCAAGAGAAAAACAAGAAGAACUUCUAUAGAACACAGAUAAAUAUCUGUCGUCAUGACGGCGGGAGCGGUUUCUGCUCCACUUAUAAUUCCCAUCAUGCACCUGGAGACGCUCAGAACCAAGAACCACAUCACUACCAACACGCCCGUCUCCAUCAAGUCAGACACUCCAGGUGUGUUGAUCUUCUUCUCUCUGGACGGGUCGAAGCCGGCGGCGGCGGCACGAGGACGAUCAGCUGACGGCAGCAGGAAGUACAGUGAGCCCAUCCUGCUUCCUGCUGGGAGAGUGUCAGUCAGAGCUGUGGCUGUUUCCAGUGACGGCAGACAGAGUUCGACUGUGACAAAGGUUUUCUGCGUUGACAUCGUGGACUCAAACAGGAAACAGACAGAGGAGAACAUCCUGCAGUUUUCCACUGAGGGAAGUUCCUGUUUCCCUCAGAACUCUGCGGGUUCUUCACUGAGUCGUUCAGAGCUGAGGACACUGGGACAUGGUCCUCGUUUCCUGACCAGUCGACUCGGACCUCCACUCCCAGUUCAGACUGGUUCUCCUGAACGUUCUCCAUCAUCGAGGUCAGGUGACAGGAAGCAGCUGAACAAGGCGUCACGAGUCCAGAGAGAAACCGACUUCCUGUGGUGUGCUCAGUGUUUGAGUUUCCGAGCUUCCGACCCGUUCGCUCGGUUCUGUCCUCAGUGUGGCGCUGUGGUUCCUCCGUUACCUGACCAGAGACUGCCCCCUGCUGAGGGAGGACAGACGGUUCUCUGUGUGUUCUGUAACACUGAGGUUCCUGUCAACACUCACACCUGUUUGAUUUGUGAAGCUUCAAUCCAACAACAACUACAACCACAGGAUCAUGUGCUGUGUGUUUGCUGUGGAAGUGGGAAUCCAGCUCAUAUCUCCACCUGUCUGACCUGUGAGAGCCGCCUGCAGCUGGAGGUGUGUGUUGGUAACAGCGCCCCCUCUGUCCCUUCUGAAGACAGCAGGAUGUUGACCUGCUCCAGAUGUAAACGUUUAAACCACAGUGAUGCCAGAUACUGCGACUGGUGCGGCUCCAAGUCCGGUCAUGCAGCCAGCUGUGUGAUGUGUCGGCGAUGUGGAGCGAGUUCACACCCGAGCGCCGUCUACUGUGCAACCUGUGGCACACACCUGGAUGCACCGGCCCCGCCCACAACCUGCAGUGACAUCACACGUGCUGUGGCUCCCCACCAGGCUUCAGCCUCGGCUUCCCAUGAUGCAACCUGGCAGGCCACCCGCUCGGCCCCUAGUGCGAAGUUAGCUCCGCCCUCUCAGGACCAGUCCACUCAGACGGUUGGACUCUAUUACCCAUCAGCCACUGAGCUCCAAAGGAAGGACCAGCAGAGGGCGCUGCAGCUCAGCAGGCAGCAGUCAGGCAGAGACCGGCAACCACCUGUGACCGCCAUCAGCCCGGGCAGAGGUUACUGGAGGAGGCAGUUGGAUCAUGUGUGUGCUCACCUGAGGAGUUAUGCUCAGAACAACGCCCCCUUCAGGACUGUGCUGGGAGAGCCUCGUCUGGGUCGGAUGGUUUCUGCUGUGGUUCAACAAGAUGGUUUUGAAGUCAGUUUGACGCUCAGCUUCGUCUCAGCCGCACAGGAAGUCACACAGGUGUGUCCUGACGAGGCUCCUCCGGCAGCUAGCUGCGUUGGACCAGCAGGUGGCGCUCUACCUGCAGGUGGCAGUGAGACGCUGAGCAGCGUCACAGAGCGGUUCACCAACGGUUCGUUCACUUUAGGAAGUGAUCGGACCACAGGUCUGAUGAAGCCCCCCAAACCAAACCUGACCCCCAAACCUCCGGUAAGGUCCUUGAGGUGUCUCCUCUCUGAUUGGUCGAUGCAGGUGAAGGACGUUCAGCUGCUGAAGGAGCUGGCUCCAGGUCGAGGUCACAUCAGUGUCAUCCAGCAGCUCCUGGAUCAGGGGGCGGACCCCUCCUGCUGUGGUAGUGAUGGCCGACACGCCCUCGCCGUGGCUGUGGUUCAUGGUCACAGUGAAGUUCUUCCUCUUCUGGUGCAGCGAGGAGCUGAUGUGGACCAGCAGUCGGGACAGAUGAAGAACACAGCUCUGCAUGAAGCUGCAGCUCAGGGUCCUGAAGGUCUGAGGUGUGCUGAGGUCCUGCUCAGCUGCAGGGCCAGUGUGAGGCGGAGGAACUCUGCCGGUCAGACGCCGUACGACACCGCGGCGAGCGCCGGCCACAACAACAUGGUGUCUCUGCUGGGAGCUCAGACUGGACUGGUUCUACUGGACAAACUGAGGAAACACAAACUGAACCUGGACGUCUUCUGAUGACUUAGUUGAAAUAUGUGGGAUUGAGGUUCAGGUCUAGUUUUCAUGUUUAGCUUCUUUUAAAGACUUGUAAAACUCUGGAUGCUCCGACGGCCUAGUUCCCUUGAACCCUGAGAUCCUCUGGAAGGAGACGUGGACCUGAUCCAGAUGCUGAACACUAACACAGAGUCUGACAAAUACUUUGUUAGUUUUUCAUUCUUCGUUGAGUGAGUUUGUAUUUGUUAUUUUUACGAGUUUUUCUUUGUUAGUGUUGAGAUGUGCUUUAUAAAUAAAGAUUUUUUUAUUAUUAUUAAAUGCUACUGUAAGAGCUGUAUCAACACCCACUGGGACAAAGGGGAGGAGACAGGAAGCUACAGCUGUCCUCAGCUCGAUUACUGUGGGGGUCCAUCAAAAAACAGCGAGUUGGGCAACUUAUCAAAAAUAAAAGUAAUAUCCACAAACUAAA